CUCUCGAACAGAGCGAUGCGUGUAUGUCUGUAUCUCGCCGCUGCGGCCUUAUCGUGUAUAGGAUGCGUUGCAGUUGAUUGCAGAUUUGCCGGGCGUCAUACCGACAGCUCUCUGUGUCCUUCGGCUCGUUGCCUGGAAGGUGUGACACUAUUUGCAGGCGAAGAUUUCUCACUACAGGCGCAAGACAACGACAGGGAAAUGAAAAGCACCGAGUGCGCUGCGUGGUGGCUGUUUGUCACUUUUUCAAGCACGAUAGUCAUAAACGGUGCUAACCUCGGAUCUGGUGUUCGCAAAUGCCCCGACGGCCGCAACUGUGGUCCCGAAACCAGCUGCACGCCCGUUUCUCCCGGUGGUGAUAGCUACGGCUGCUGUCCAUACGACGGAGGCGUGCCUUGCCUUUACAAAAGCGACACAGCCGGCGCCACUCCAAAACACGGAUGCUGUCCUCAUGGACACCGUUGUCUACAAGGAACGUGCGUUGGUGACGAGGGUGGUGUAUCCUCGUCUUACGCACCGGUCGCGCUCCUGCCUCCUUUGCGGAGGAAGCUACGCAGCACGACGUGCAGACCAAAGGAAACAGUUGAGUGCCAGGACCACACCACGUGCCCCGCCGGCAAUAGCUGCUGCCACACGCCCGAGUACCCGGUGGGAACGUACUCGUGCUGCCCGUACGAGUACGGCCAGGUGUGCUGCCCCGACGGCAGCUGCUGCGCCGCGGGAUACCGCUGCGAGCCGCGCUGGGGCGUCUGCAUGCCCACGCUACAGCAGGCACAGCGUGCACCCAACGGUACCGGCAGCGCAUCCAGCCGGCGGCUCCCCGUGCCCGCUCGGAGGGGGCCCCAGGCGAAGUCGCCGGGUCGGACAUCUGACGCACCGUGGAUUCCGUGUCCGGACGGCACCUACUGUCGCCGGAAUUCCACCUGCUGCUCCGUCCGUUCCUCGGAGCCCUCCGAAGCCGGUCGCAACUACGCCUGCUGCCCUCACGAGGGGGCCCAGUGCUGCGUCGACGGAGAGCACUGCUGCCCGCGAGGCACGCGAUGCGAGCACUUCGACCAGCAAGCCGGUCACCGGUGCCAGUCGCUGAAUGACGAACGCGGACGGACGGUCCUCGCCUCCAAAAAGUACCCCAGCCUCGACAACGUGCCCUCGGACACGUACCCCUCAGUGCCGUGCCCUACGUGGAUGGUAUGCAGCUCGGGCACGUGCUGCCGUGACCAGUACGGGGCCUACCGGUGCUCCCCGUACCCAGGAGGAGUGUGCUGUGCUUCGGGAAUUUCAGGAUGUCCGCCGGGCACCGAGUGCGUCGGCUGAGCGCCGUUGCCUGUCUUCCGGCGACCGUCCCUAUAAUUAUCCACGGCGUGGAUGACCUCCCAGGACUGCACUCUGAUUUUGUUCCGUCUAUGGGUUCCCGAUAUAAGUGGAAAAUCGUUGUAAAUAUUUCCCACUUACCGAAAUUGAACGACGUACCACAUAAAAUGGCGAAAUAUAUGCAACGUCGUUCUAUAUAUAUUUAAACUUUCUGACCUUUUAUUGCAAUAGCAAUUAUAUAACACUCCAAGCGGCUUUUUGCCGUCGGCGUCGCCGUCGCCGUGAGGUUCCGUAUAGAGUCCAACGGCGAUGAAAUCGUCGCCGCGCGCCGUAUGCUGUAUGUGCGCGAGA